AGGAAAGAGACAGUCAAGGCAUCCUGAGGCUGUGACUACAGCCAAUUGUCUCUCCCUGGGGUAUUUAUAAGCUGCAUACUGGCGGGCAGGGGUGGGCAGUUGGCACCGUGACCUUGGGAGCUGGGGAGACUGACUAGAAUUCCUGGGAGCCACGUGAGCUGGACUGGCAGGAGCAGCUGCAGCCAAUGGGGAGGAGACCAGCACUGGCUGUUCAGAUUGAGUUUCACUCCUGUGGCUUGAGUUUUUUCUCUUUCUCUCCCUGUCGUGCUUUUGCUCUUUGUUUACGGGAUUGGACAGACGAAUGCACUGAUGGAGCCCUAGCAAGCAAGAUGUUUGCCUAGUUGAUUUGGGAUUCUGCCUUCAGUGCUGAGCAAACACUUCUUGCCAUUGCCUACCCCAGCUCCAGCCCCCUGACAUGGCUGGGCUCUCCCGGCUCUGGGCCCUCUGAGCACACAACCUGCCCUCUUCUAGUGGGGCAUUUUACAUUGUGCUCUCUCGUAAGCACGUCCUUUUUGCUAUCCUUAGAGGUUAGUGUAUGAGGCUUUUUAAUCCAUGGGAGAUGGGUCAGGACCAGACAAAGCAACAGAUAGAGAAAGGACUCCAUCUCUACCAGUCUAAUCAGACCGAAAAGGCCCUCCGAGUCUGGAUGAGGGUUUUGGAGAAGUCUGCGGAUCCUGCUGGCAGGUUUCGGGUUUUGGGUUGCCUCAUCACUGCUCACGCAGAGAUGGGCAGAUACAAAGACAUGCUGAAGUUUGCAGUGGUCCAGAUUGACACAGCACGGGAGCUGGAAGACCCAGAUUUCCUUACAGAGAGCUACCUAAACCUGGCUCGCAGCAAUGAGAAACUCUGUGAAUUCCAGAAAACAAUCUCUUACUGCAAGACGUGCCUGAACAUGCAGGGUACCACUGUGAGCAUGCAGCUGAAUGGCCAGGUGAGCCUCAGCAUGGGCAAUGCCUUCUUGGGCCUCAGCAUUUUCCAGAAGGCUUUGGAGUGCUUUGAGAAAGCUUUACGCUACGCACACAACAACGAUGACAAGAUGCUGGAGUGUCGAGUCUGCUGCAGCCUCGGGAACUUCUACACCCAGAUAAAGGACUAUGAGAAAGCCUUGUUUUUCCCAUGUAAAGCUGCUGAACUGGUGAAUGACUACGGGAAGGGCUGGAGCCUGAAGUACCGUGCCAUGAGCCAGUACCACAUGGCCGUGGCCUAUCGGAAGCUGGGGCGCCUGGCAGACGCCAUGGAUUGCUGUGAGGAGUCCAUGAAGAUUGCCCUGCAGCAUGGUGACCGGCCGCUGCAAGCACUGUGUCUGCUCUGCUUUGCAGACAUCCAUCGCAGCCGCAGGGACGUGCAGACAGCCUUCCCUCGGUAUGAUUCUUCCAUGAGCAUCAUGACAGAGAUUGGAAACCGCCUGGGCCUGGUCCAGGUGCUGCUAGGAGUGACUAAGUGCUGGAUGAUCCAAAAGGAGCUGGACAAGGCUCUGGAAAGCAUUGAAAAGGCACAGGAGCUGGCAGAGGGACUAGGGAACAAGCUCGGCCUGCUGAAGCUCCACUGCCUGUGUGAAAGGAUCUAUCGUACGAAGGAGCAGCAGCAAGAAUUGCGUGACCAUGUAGUGAAGUUCCACGAAUGUGUGGAGGAGAUGGAGCUGUACUGUGGCAUGUGUGGAGAGUCCAUUGGGGAGAAGAACAACCAGCUCCAGGCACUACCUUGCUCCCACUUCUUCCACUUGAAGUGCCUCCAGACCAACGGGACCCGCGGCUGCCCCAACUGCCGCCGCUUGUCGGUGAAGCCCGGCUACGUCUGAGCGCCCGCGGGCCCGGCCGGGGACUGACGGAGCCGCUCCCGGGCCCCCUCGGGCUGUGCCUGGCGGGGGCGUCCUCGGCCUCCCCUGCGCGGGGCCGCCUCACGGCUCGGCCCCGCUCCCUUCCCCCUCGCUGCUGUGUACGGGCACUGGCUGUAAUAAAGGCUUUCUCCGGGA